CACAGGGCUGUCAUGGUAAAACACUUCCUUGGGGAGGAAUCCCAUACUUUUCAACGCAAAACCUGUUCUCUGCGCCUUCCUCUGUAGAGGCAAAACCACCCUUAUGUCAAUGCACGAUUCUUAACGUACACCCUUCCCUGCGGUUUCCUUGGAUCCGAUUCCAUUCCUCUUCAUGUCAUGUCUCCAAGACCCAUUGCUUCUCUUCAUCUUCGCCUUCUUCCCUUGAUUGGUUCGUUUUUACGGUUGUGUACAUCCGCCUCUCAAUCUAGCGCAUUCCGGAGAUAACGCUCACUGUGCUUCCUUCUACAAUGGAGAUUUCUUGUCGGCUCUUGGUCUUUUCGACCUUUCUUUGCUUUUUGGCCUCUGGGUCUUUCUCUGUUGAGAUUUUUCACCAAGCGUUUCCUAUUGUGGAACCUGAUCCUGGUCAUACAAAACUUCGUCUUUCUAGGGAAGGACUGGAUGUCAUUGAGAGGAUAACAACUCCUAUUGCAGCUGUUGCUGUUAUUGGGCCAUAUCGCUCCGGAAAAUCUUUUUUGCUCAAUCAACUUCUCUCCCUCUCAUGUUUUGAAGGCUUCGGUGUUGGACACAUGCGUGACACAAAAACAAAAGGAAUAUGGGUUUGGGGAACCCCUGUAGAAUUAGAUAUUGAUGGAGUUAGAACUUCUGUCUUUUACCUUGAUACAGAGGGAUUUGAAAGUGUUGGGAAGUCUAAUGUAUAUGAUGACCGGAUUUUUGCUCUGGCAAAUGUUAUGAGUUCUGUGCUCAUCUAUAACCUGCCUGAGACGAUUCGUGAAGCUGAUAUCUCUCGUCUGUCAUUUGCUGUGGAGCUUGCUGAAGAAUUUUAUGGGAGAGUGAAGGGGCAAGAUGUUGCCUUUGAACCUUCUAAGCUUUUGUGGCUUAUCCAGCGUGAUUUUCUACUAGGAAAGUCUGUGCAAGAAAUGGUGAAUGAAGCUCUUCGACAUAUCCCCAAUGAUGAUGGGGACAAAAAUAUUGAGCUGGUUAAUCAAAUCCGGGAUUCAUUGGCUAUUAUGGGUGAUAACAGCACGGCGUUUAGCUUACCACAACCUCAUCUGCAACGAACAAAGCUUUGUGACAUGAAGGAUGCUGAACUUGAUCCGAUAUAUGUUAAGAAGCGGGAACAAUUGAAAGAGCUUGUUGCUGGUAUUAUCCGUCCGAAGAUUGUUCAGGGUAAAACUCUAAAUGGAAAGGAGUUUGUAUCUUUCCUGGAGCAGAUACUUGAAGCCUUGAAUAAAGGGGAGAUCCCAUCAACAGGCUCUCUUGUGGAGGUUUUCAAUAAAGGUAUUCUUGAGCGGUGUAUGAAGCUAUACAGUGAAAAUAUGGCCAAAUUGCAUUUACCUCACACUGAGCAAGAUCUGCAAGAUGCCCAUGAGAGGUCUAGAGAGGUAGCAAUGCAAGUCUUUGAUGAGCAGCAUUUUGGCCGACAUCAUGCGAACAAAUCAGUCAUGCAACUGGAUGAGGAAAUACAAAAGGUGUAUAAAAAUAUUAUUAUGGCAAAUGAAUACCAAUCCUCAAAACUCUGCGAGGGACUGUAUACCAGAUGCGAGGACAAAAUGGACCAGCUUCAAGUUCUCAAGCUUCCUUCCAUGGCAAAAUUCAAUGCAGGUUUCCUUCAGUGCAACCAAAGUUUUGAGCGCGAGUGUGUUGGACCUUCAAAAACAAACUAUGAGCAACGCAUGAUGAAGAUGUUGGGGAAGUCGCGAUCUCUAUUUAUUAAGGAGUACAACCACAGGCUCUUUAAUUGGUUGGUGGCAUUCUCCCUUGUUAUGGUAGUCGUGGGCCGGUUUAUCAUCAAGUUUAUUUUGAUAGAAAUUGGGGCGUGGAUACUCUUUAUCUUCCUAGAGACAUACACAAGGAUGUUUUGGUCGGCAGAGUCACUUUACUACAACCCAGGUUGGCAUUUCAUAGUGGCCACUUGGGAAAUGCUUGUUUACAGCCCUAUUCUGGAUUUGGACAGAUGGGCUAUUCCCGUCGGUUUAAUGCUGGCGAUAUUGAUACUAUAUUGCCGUUGUUACGGGCGGAGAAAACACGGGCAACGUUGGCUAUUACCUUUGUACAACAAUCAAAGAAGUGGCCCGAAUCGACCAAGAUCAGAUUAAAAGUACAGUGGCCACAUGCUCAAGCCUCUAGUAUGCUCCUGUUCUAUCGUCUUCUCGGGCGAGCUUUUCUGUUUUUUUAUACAUGAAGCCCGCCAAUAUAUUCUUUGGGUCUUUGAUGCCGAUUAUACUGCAGAACUGUGAAGAAGCGAAAGAUCGUUGGCCGCUCUGAUAAUUGUCUGUAACUGUUGCAUUUCCCAAGUGGUUUGCAUUCCAGUUCAUUAUUUCAUAUCUAUUAUUUCACAGAUGUUUCUGUUAAAUUAGAAUGUAAUACAUGGGAAGGAGAAAGAAAGAAGAAAAGAGAAGAAAAAGUUGUUUCAAAUGAGUAACUUGCUUUGAAUUCUUUUGAUCA